AUGGGCAUUACUAUAAAAACAGUAAAUGGAGAUCAGGUCAAUGAGAUCAAAUUUGAUGACUGCAGCUACGCAUUAAAGGUCUUCCCGUUACUAACGGUGCUAAAGUAUAAGAUAAAGGAUCUGUACAAAGAGGCGGAUGUUGUAUGUUACUAUGAUGGGCAGUCCAAACUAAUACAAAAUGAAAGAGAACUGUCAUUUCCUGACGGAUCAACUCUAAUUAUAACGUUUAAGAGACAAGUAGCAACGAAUUAUGUUUCCACUGAUGACCUAGACGCUCAGGAAUAUGAGAUAGUCAGUGAGAAAGAAGACAAUGCUCAAAAGUCUGUCAAUGUUCCCGUUGUGGUCCUGGAUGCUAUUCGCAAGCAAGUCGAUAAGAUGGAUACGUUCUUGAAGAAAGUAGCAAGUGAGCAACAUGUUAAUGAGGAGAAGUAUUGCAAAAUGGAACUCCCAAAAUUAAUUGAUGCUGAAGAAGCUAACGAUGUAUGUGAUCCGAAAGAGAAAGCGCUCGAGAUAUCUCAUUGUUUUGAGGUUUACAAGCGAUACAAGACACUUUAUUACGAGACGAAGGGACAACAGAUAAACUUUUCAUUCGAGGACUAUUUAGACUACAUACUUAAGAAUACAGAUCAUCAACCGAUCAAAGUAUGCUCUCAAGCAUUCGUGCACUUAUCUCAAGAUUAUGAUACGGUGACUAUCGAUCUUGUUACCACACCAGGAGAGUUUCCAACAAAUCACCAAUUGUCCGUUUCUACAUCGAACUCAAAUUUAUUUACUAUCAAUUUGAGUGGAUUCUUCCCAAACACUGGAGGAACAAAAAAAUUCAGAUACUUCCCUGUUACCGAGGAUAUCAAAUCGAAGCCCUUGAGUGUAGCUAUUAGCGACAAGACAACAGGCCGUAUCACCAUGAAAGGUAAAUCUGAAGGUAAUUCCCUACCAAAAUUGAUAAGGCUAUCUACGGUGGUAGAUAAAAUCGAAAGUUCAAUAGACCUCGACAGCAUACAAGAACAGACGUCAAAAUUAUACGACGAAAUACUGAAAUAUGAAACUGCAAACAAAGAGACAAGCAUCAUUAGUGAAGACGAAUCAGCAAUAAAGACAGAAUCAGCGAACUGGGAAGAGUAUGACUUUCUAAGCGACUCUAGUGUAUGA